CUGCCUUUAGAGUCAAUACAGGAAGAGUGAGGAGAAAGCAACUGCACACUCUUGUGUUCUUGCAAAACAGUUUUAAAGAAAAUUAACUGAAUUACACUCUGAAAAAGCGCAAAACAUGGCUGAUCACGUAGAGGAAUGUGUGAAAGACCCUGAGAGUGACAUCGGUGUGGAGGAAGGUGACCUGGGUGAAACAGAAAGGCUGACAGCACAAUGGAGUGUGGAAGAUGAAGAGGAAGCAGCAAGGGAACGCCGACGAAGGGAACGUGAGAGACAACUUAGAUCUCAGGCUGAAGAAGGCCUCGUCAGCACCAGCACGUCUUCCGAGAGUGGGCUGAUCCCACAAGAAAGCCAGAUUGAUGGAAAGCCAGCUGGAACUUCAGAACUGGAGGAAGAUGAAGGCUUUAGUGACUGGUCCCUGAAGCUUGAGCAACGCAAGCAGAGAUGGGCAGAAAUGGGAGAAGCAGCACCAAAUGGAUAUCGCACGUGCUAUGGUGAAUGUACAGAAGCCCAACAGGUGACUUCUACAACAUGGGAAGGAAGGUCACCAAAGCAUUCCUGUGAAGAAGAUGGCAAUCUGAUGGAAGCAGAAGCCAAACUAGAGCAGGUGCAGCUAGGUCAGGACUCCCCCACCUUCAUCCGGUUUACACCUGGGCCUUCCAGCUUCCUCAAGUUUGUUUCAACUUCAGUGUCCCAAGAGCAGCCUGAAGCAGAGCUGGAGGGGCAGCAGAAGCUUAUUGAAACAGCUUGUGUUGGAGAAGAGAACCAAGACAUGGCCGAAGUAUUCCCAGAAGUCCAAGAAGAAAUUAAACAUGAGGAAGAGGAAGAAAAGCAGGAGGAAAAGAAAAGAAGAUGGAAAGAGGAGGAAGAGGCACCAGAAAAGCGACAAAGAGCUCCAAGCACAUCUAGCAAUGAAGAAGAGGGUGAGCUCCCGCUAAGUCCUACUUUAAAGAUUACUGACAGAACUGAAUGUCUGAACCGCUCCAUACAGAAAAGUAACAGCGUGAAGAAGACACAACCACCUCUCCCUGUUGCAAAAAUUGAUGACAAACUUGAACAGUACACACAUGCCAUUGAGACUUCCAGCAAGACACCCAAACCAGUGCGCCAGCUUUCCAUUGACCUUCCUGCCAACAGUGCUGCUGUGACCAGCACAAAAAAUCUUUGGGAGACUGGUGAAGUGGUUCAGUCUCCUGUGAAGACAACACCCUGUAAGGACAUUGUGGCUGGAGACAUUGUGAGUAAGAGAAGCAUUUGGGAGCAGAAAGAAAGCCCAAAUGCAGAUGGAAGUGCAAAGGUUAAGCUUCCUGGCAAGAAGUAUAGGUAUGUGGCAAUUGGACAUGGCAAAUACAAAAAGGUGUUGAUCGAAGAUGAGACAUCAGCAGAAAAAUAGCCUGCCUAGGCUGGAAACAAAUAGUUUGGCUUGGUCCUUGCUUGGAUGCUGGAGUCAAUACUUCUGUGCAACGCUGAUGUUUCCUCUGCUAAAAGAGAAGCAUAUUUCUUUCCUACUCAAAUUGGCAACCUCUCCUAAACCCUGCUACUGAUUAUUGUUUUUCACAGAUGGACACAUCUCUCCAAGUCAAUUUAAUGUGGACUUGGAUACAGCAUUGACUCUAUUGGCAAUAACGAUUUUAGAUUGAGUUUUCUCUCCAUUGAGGAAUUAGCUUGUGUAAUAUUCUGAGUCCUUCUGAUUUUCUGAAUUUAGCAUCUAGGUUUGCCUAGGAGAAUUAAGCACACCUUUCUUUUUACUGUCUCAGUAAUCAAGGAAAAAUCUUCAUUAUUUGUUUGUUUUUUGAGUUGUAAGUAAGAAAUCCAUACAAAUGUGAAAAUAAAGAUUAAGUCAAGAGUUAUAGAAAGGGUAAAAAUUAGUAGCCUAUAUGGCUUAGGGAUGGAAAUCUUUGGCCUUCCAGAUGGUUUGGAUAUCAUUUCCCAGAUGCCUGAGCCAGCAUGACUAGUGGUCAAGGUUUAUGAGAGUUGUAGUCUAAAAUAUCUGGAGAAUCAAAUGUUACCUGACCUUGCUUUAGCUGAUUCUAGGUACUCAUAUACUGUUUUAAACUUCGAUCACACAAGUCUUCAAAACUGCAAUGCAUCCUGCAGCUUCUGACUAUAAUUUGGUGUUCUGAUGAGGCUACACUUCUGAAGUUCUCGAUAUGAAAUUUUAAAAAGGGGGGGACAAACAAUUAAGUGUCAAGAGGGUCACUUUUCACAUUAGUAUUUUUCACUUAAAAGAUUUCCCUGUUUUUCCCAGUCAUCCAGAUAGGCUAGGUAAUGCCUCUACCUUGUGGUUGAUAGAGGAACUUUUAUCAUACAUUAUGUGAUGAAGUUAUAUGUCCCACUAUUUCAUCACAAGGCAUUCCAGGAAAUCUUUUUCUCCAAAAGUGUUUAUCUGACCUAAAAUAUCAAUUUUGUCUGUCCCUGGGUUCUCUUACAAUAGCUGAGUCAUGUGCAUAUAGUUAAAAUUCCUACAUUUAUGUUCAGUCACCUAUUUUCUUUUCCUUGGUCAUUAAGUUUUCAGUUGGGUUCCACUGGAACACAGAGCCAUUUCCUUGGGAAAUGUGUUCUCAAAUAAAUUUGUUUGAUACAGAAGGCAGUCUUGAGCAUGAGUUGAGACAUCAAGCAAAUGAGAAACCAGUAAAGCUCUGUCCUUCAGCACUUAAACUACUUCUACCUUGAAGGGGGACUGCUUUUGGCAAAGGUACCAGAUGGGUACUGGGGUGAAUUUCAAUGGAAAAACUGGGUUUUGAAAAUAAUCUUUCACAUACAGUUGUUAAUAUUUGAGUGGAAUACUUCACUCUAUACAAAGGGUCUCUACUCCCUUGGGAUUUGAAUGCCUUUCUUAGUUUGCCAACAUCAAAUAUUUUUCUCCCCUC